AUGAGUUUUCGGGGGUUUUCCAAGAGCAUAACGCGGGCGCCGCAAACUUUCAAGCACAAGUUCAACAUUGGCGAACACACGAAAGAUGCCGUCUACAUCGAUUCGGAACGACGGUUUCAGGAGCUAGAGAACGAGACCAAGAAGCUCCACGAUGAGAGCAAAAAGUAUUUCGAGGCCAUCAAUAGCAUGCUGAACCACCAGAUCGAGUUCUCCAAAGCGAUCGCCGAGAUCUACAAGCCCAUCAGCGGCCGGAUGUCGGACCCAGACUCCCUGGUGGUCCACGCAAACCCCGAGGGCAUUCAGGCCUGCGAAGAGUACGAGGCUGUUGUGAAAGAUUUGCAGGAGACCUUGGCGCCCGAGUUGGAAAUGAUAGAGAGUAGGGUUAUCCGGCCAGCCAACGAGUUGACGGACGUCAUCAAGAUUAUUCGCAAGCAGAUCGUGAAGCGUGAGCACAAGAAGCUAGACUACGACAGGCAUCGGGCGACCCUGAAGAAGCUCCAGGACAAGAAGGACAAGUCGAUCAAGGAUGAGAAGGCCAUGUGGAAGGCAGAGAACGACGUGGAGGCGGCGACCCAGGACUAUAACUAUUUCAACGAUUUGCUGAAGGAUGAGUUGCCUAAGCUAUUUCUUCUGGAGCAGGAGUUCAUCAAACCCCUGUUCCAGUCAUUCUAUUACAUGCAGCUCAACAUCUUCUACACGCUCCACGAGAGGAUGCAGCGCUGCGACAUCGGAUACUUCGACUUGACGCUUGACAUUGAGGAUGCUUUCCAUCAGAAACGGGGUGACAUCCAAGAGCGGGCCGAGAAGCUGUCGAUAGUCAAGUUCAAAUCAACCGGACAGCGGAGACCGCCCAAAUACCAACCGAAGCCAGCAGCGCUCGAGGGGAAUCGACCAGCCGGCCUACUUACCCAAGGCCCAACAAGCCCGACGCCCUCGGCAUCAACAACUGCAGGUCCGUCAGCGCUCGGAUCCGCAUCCCCGGGACUGGGGUCCCCAACGCCGGGGCUCGGGUCUGCAACGCCGGGUCUUGGCUCUCCAUCAGCCGCGCCGACCAAGGCAGGAUUCCACCAGCGCACAGCAAGCGUGGAGAACCCACCUCCGCCGUACUCAGCCGGACCGACGUCUCCGCCGCUGACGAGCCCCAAGUCAGCAUCUCUGGCCGCGGCUGCUGCCGCAAAGGCCAAGCCUCCACCCCCGAAGCCCAAGCCCAGCAGACUAAGUGCCACCCCAGCUGCCGAGACGGUGACGGCCCUGUAUGACUACUCGGCGCAAGCAGAGGGAGAUCUGAGCUUCCGGGCCGGAGAUGUCAUCGAGAUUGUGAGCAGGACACAGAAUGAGAACGAGUGGUGGAUUGGAAAGCUCCAAGGCAAGCAGGGGCAGUUCCCAGGUAACUAUGUCAGUCUGGGCUGA